AUGUGUGACUAUUGUAAUGACAAACUGAUUGAUAAUUUGAAAGAAUAUAUUAGUUUAUUCUUGAAUCAACUCAGCGGAAUUUUAUGGUAUAAUCUUGUCCAAAAACGGAAUUUUCUCAGAAUUAAAUUCUCUACAAAACUGUCUAUUGUCGCGAAGUCUCGACACUGGUAUGAAGGUUUCCGAAAACGUCAUCCUGAGUUAUCCAUUAGGAAACCCCAACAUUUGAGCAUAAGUAGGGCAGCUGUUAAUCGCGAAGAAUUGCAAGAGUGGUUCAAGGAUUCUGGGAAAUAUUUAGAAAGUAAAAAUUUAUUAAAUAUUCCUGCCUCUAGAAUUUUUAACUGCGAUGAAAGUAGUAUACUUCUGUGUCCUGACGCCGAAAGCGUAUUAGCUGAAAAAGGAUCUCAUGCAGUUUAUAAAAUAGUUGAUGGUGGCAAAGAAGCAUUGACUGUUUUAUUCACGUACAGAGCAGAUGGAACUCUUCUUAAGUUCACGUUGGACAGUAUGAAGAAUGAAAAAAGUGCAGUCGUUAGUGGAUUCAGAGGAGCUGGACUUUAUCCAUUUAACUCUAAUGCAGUAGACUAUGAUAUUUUACAGAAGACUAAAAAAUCCAAAAAAACUGUUGAUCGGCUGGAUAACAAUAGUGCAGAUGAAAAUGGAGAAAAUUAA